AUGUCGUUACAAUAUACUCCUAAGAGCGCUUUGAGACGUUUGAAGCACUACGAACAAGCUUUAGCUGAGCGAACCCCAAUUUCUGUUAACGACGAUGAUGAUGACUUCGAUGACGAUGGUGGAGCAGCCGGCGGUGGUUCUGGCAAUGGUGGUGGAGGAGGAAACAAGAAUGGUCGACGAGUAGCGAUUGGUGACGUAUCUAUGGAAUUGUUUGAUUCAAUGUACCCUGAACGUGUUCCUGCCGAGCCGCUACUGGAUUUGAAUCGCCAGGAUGUGCUGGAUCAUUUGCAAUGGAUGAUGCAGAAAGAUGUUCUUGGCCAAGACAUGUUUCUUAUUGGACCUCCAGGACCACUAAGAAGACGACUAGCAUUGACAUACCUAAAUGUGGUUAAUCGUGAACACGAAUACGUCGUAUUGCAUCGUGACACGUCUGCUGAAUCAGACAUUAAACAACGUCGAGAAAUUCAACGGGACUACACUUCUCCUAAAGGUGGCAAAGAAGGUCUGAUUAAAGCGGAAUGGAUUGAUCAGGCUGCUGUACGCGCUGCUCUUCUGGGACGAAUUCUGGUUAUUGAUGGUAUCGAGAAGGCUGAAAGGAAUGUGCUGCCUGUCCUCAAUAAUUUGUUGGAGAAUCGUGAAAUCAAUCUUGAAGACGGCCGCCACAUCAUCCACCCAGCAAGAUACGACGAUCUCCUCUCCCAACACUCACAAGCCCAACUCGAAGAAUGGAAACUCGUCAGAGCAUCUGAACAUUUCCGCGUCAUCGCUCUGGGUGUCCCCGUUCCUCCAUACCCAGGCAACCCCUUAGAUCCACCCUUCCGAUCCCGUUUCCAAGUACGAUAUGUAGAUGGACCGUUAUCUGUAUCAGGACAUAAACCACGUAAACAAUUGUUUUUGGAACGUAACGCGUUUCAAAAUGCUCCUGGUCAAGAGUCGUUCGAUAUGGAUGCACUCAAGACUGCGUUUAGUGAUGGGUUGAUGAGUAAAGUGUCGGAUGUUGUGUCGGUUGUCAAGUAUUCACAUUCUAUUGAUGAUCCAAUAUCUUCAACUGGACCUGAUAUGCUAAUUCCUCAGUUCCCACAAACUGCUGUGUCUGCCAUCUCUGACAUGUUUGAAUAUUUCCCUGCUGAAGCAAGCAAUGUGCCUGGAGCUUUAGAAAGAUUCUGGCCUUCAUCAUGGGUAGGCAGUGGUUUAUCUAGAGAUCAACGAGAAUCAUAUCAGAAAUUGUUACAAAAGUUUGGAGUGUUGCCUGCUGAUAAGUCAAAGAACUCAGCCGGAAGCCCAAUGAACUUUUCACGAACCACAUAUGAUCUAGUCGGGGUUCGUGUAUCUGACAUUAAGCAAGAAGCUGUAGCAAGAUUCAGAGGUGGUGUUGACCAAACCGAGUUACAAGUGUCUAUUGGUAAUUUGCCAUUAAGAGCUAUCUCGGAACGAGUUGUUGGAGUUGCUGGUCAACAAAUAUUUGUGCAUACUGCUCGUUACCAUGAUAUUAUUACUCGCAUGGCACAAGCUCAUGCGCUCGGUUCUGAUAUCUGUCUCAUUGGAACUAAAGGAUGUGGUAAAUCUAUUGCUAUCGCUCGUUUUGCUUCCCUCUUUGGUUACGAGACCGAAAUUGUGCACCUGUACAAGGAUAUGACUGCUCGUGAUUUACUACAACGACGUGGUACUCGUAAAGAUGGAUCCACAUUUUGGGAGAAUACAGGACUUGUUACUGCUGCUUUAGAAGGAAAGAUCGCCAUAUUAGAUGGAUUGGAAUGGGUACAAGCAGGAACUAUUGCUUCUCUACAACGUUUGAUUCAUGAUCGUGAAAUGGUAUUGCCUGAUGGCACAAUGCUCACGAAUCAACGGAACUUUGAGAUUUUGAUGGAGGAAGCUAAACUUACUCCCAAGGAUAUGCUUGCUCGACGUAUCUACCCAAUUCAUCCUUCAUUCCGUAUUGUUGCUUGUGCUAAUGUCGCACCACGAGCACCCAAAACCGAUAUAAUUUGGUUGACUGAAGAAGUUGGAACACUUUUCAUGUUCUUGGAGAUUCCUCCUAUUGGACUAGAUGAAGAAGCUGGAAUUAUUAAAGCCUUGACAAACUGCCCAGAAGCACCAAUGAAAAUCCUCUUAGAGUUUGCCUCGCGUUUCAGAGCUCUAGCUACAGCCGGAUCAGGUCACGAAUCCGUCCUCGCAAAAUCAGCAUCACUAUCAACCAGGCAAUUGAUUCGUAUAUGUCGCCGCCUCGUUAAAUUCCCAAACGAAGACCUCUACACUUCGAUUCACCGUACAUGUCUCUCUCCAUUCCUCCCAUCGCUCGCUAAACAAACGUUAGAAGAUAUCCUAACAGAUUCUGGCAUCCUACGUCCUAAAUUCAACAAGACAGCUAGUAAAUGGGUUGCAGGAACCAUUGAAGGAAACUCUGUCGUAAUCGGAGACGUUGCAUCUCCCAUAUAUCAAAUCCGACCUGAUGAUUUAGAAGCUGCUGCCCUUAUACCUCGUACUUCGCCCGGUACUGCUAAGUACUAUGAUAACGAUGUGCAUACUCGAAUUAUGAGAGAACUGGCUCUUGAUUUUGGAAUUGGGGAGCAUUUGUUGCUGAUUGGUAAUCAAGGGGUUGGAAAGAAUAGGUUGACGGAUCGGUUCUUGGAGUUGGUUGGACGACCUAGAGAGUAUAUUCAACUGCAUCGUGAUACGACUGUGCAGAGUUUGAUGGUUCAGCCUACUGUUGAAGGAGGUUUAAUUGUAUACAAAGACUCUCCUCUCGUGCGGGCUGUUACAAAGGGUCGUGUUCUCAUCAUCGAUGAAGCUGACAAGGCACCAACGUACAUCACAAGUAUUCUCAAAUCCUUAGCUGAAUCUGGUGAAAUGUCAUUGGCUGAUGGGCGUCGUAUACGUCCCUUCAUUCCUGGUGUUGCCAUGGAUCCGGUUAAAGAUAUCAUUUUGCAUCCAGACUUCAGAAUGAUUGUUCUAGCUAAUCGCCCUGGUUAUCCAUUCUUGGGUAACGACUUCUUUGGAUCUAUUGGAGAAGUCUUUAGUUCUCAUGCAGUAGAGAAUCCGGACUCGGAUUCUGAGAUUGAAUUGCUGUCGGGCUUUGCACCUGCUGUGGAUCGAAACACGAUGGAGAAGCUAGUACAUGCUUUUGGAGAUUUACGUCAAGCAUUCGACGAAGGUCUGGUCGCAUACCCAUACUCAUUACGUGAACUAAUGGCUAUUGUCAAGCAUUUGGGACGAUACCCUGAAGAUCCUCUCGACCAAGUAUUACGAAACGUUUUUGACUUCGAUGUACAUCGAAAGGAAUUCUUUGAAGUGUUGUUGGCUGCAUUGAAACGACAUGGAUUGGAUGUGCAGAUGGUUGGGUUUGAUGCAGUUACAAAGGGCAAGAAGUCUACAUUGAUGCUGAAGUAUGAGGAAGCUGAUUUAAAGAAAAAUAAACCUCCAGCAGCUGGCGGCCCCAAACAUGGUGAUGUAGAUCCUAAAGGUGCUCGUCAUUCUGGUGGUGGAAGAUGGGCUGGUGGCAGUGGAGGUUCCAAUACAGCCGGUCUUGGCGGUCGAGGAGGCCCUUACCGAUUAGAUGGCGGUCAUGAUAUCUCGCAACUCCCAGACGAUGUGAAAAACGACGUCCCCGAACACGUCAAAGAAGCGGCUCGGCAAAUGGGUCGUGACGUACUAGCUAAACGACUCGGCGAGAUCCAAAUGUCUGCUUUCGAAGCCGAAGGAUACAAAGAGGUCUACGAUGGGGUCAAAACUGAAAUUCGCGCUUUAAGAGUCGUAUUGGAAGGUGUUCAGGCUAAAGAACGUGAACGACAAUGGCAAAAGAAUCAAACUGAUGGAGACUUGGACGAUUCCAAGCUUGUUGAAGGUUUGACAGGUGAACAUUCUAUAUAUAAGAGACGUGGUGAAGAGGUACCUGAAAUGGGGACUACUGGCAAGAAGCCUAAGAGGAUCAAGUUUGUAUUUGAUGUUUCUGGAAGUAUGUACUAUUUCAACCGUAUGGAUGGUCGUCUGACUCGAUCUUUGGAAGCUGCGCUUAUGAUGAUGGAGAGUUUACACAAUCUCCGUGGCAAAUUUGUCUAUGACAUGAUUGGUCAUUCUGGAGAUUCAGCUGAAAUACAAUUGGUACCAGUUGAUAGUCCACCACAGAACGAAUUUGAUCGUUACAAAGUAUUGCAAACUAUGGUCUCACAUGCUCAAUAUUCAUGGUCUGGUGAUAAUACUCUGACUGCAGCUGAGAAGGCCAUCCAAGAUAUAACAAAAGUAGACGCAGAUGAUUACUUUGUGGUCAUCCUCUCUGAUGCUAAUUUGAGACGAUAUGGUAUUCGUCCACAAGAACUAGGAGCAAUCUUGGAUUCAGACUCCAGAGUCAAUGCGGCGGUGAUCUUUAUUGGAACUAUUGGUGAAGAAGCCAAAUACCUCACUACACAUCUCCCACCUGGCAAGGCAUUCGUUGCUACUGAUACUCGUGAAAUUCCACGUAUCGUCAAGCAACUGUUUGAUGCAAUCAACAAGUAG